AUGUUUUGUCGCUCGACAUGCCGGCCGUUGCUAGGCUCGUUGCCACCGAGGACUUUUUCCACAGCAGCCGCAAGAUCGAGCCGAUCGUCUGAAGCACCUUUUCGCAUGGCUGUCGUAGGAUCUGGUCCCGCUGGCUUCUAUACGGCUUACAGGGUCAUGACAAAACUCCCAAAUGCCCAUGUUGAUAUGUACGAGGCGCUGCCGGUUCCAUUUGGUCUGGUUCGCCAUGGUGUUGCUCCUGAUCAUCCUGAGGUAAAGAACUGUCAAGAAAAGUUUGAGGAUGUUGCAUCAUCCCCCAGGUUCAGGUUCAUAGGGAAUGUCUCUCACUAUGACGCCGUACUAUUGGCAUAUGGAGCGUCACAAGAUAAAAGACUUGGAAUUCCAGGGGAGUCGACUCUGAAUGGCAUUCAUUCAGCACGUCAGUUUGUGGGCUGGUACAAUGGCUUGCCUGAAUGUUCGAGUCUCGAUCCUGCACUUGUAAAUGCGCAAGAGGCUGUCAUCAUUGGCCAGGGCAAUGUUGCUCUCGAUGUGGCUAGGAUUCUAUUGGAAGAUAUAGAUGUCCUUAGAAACACCGAUAUCACCGAACAUGCCCUUGCAAUCCUGUCUCAAAGUAGGAUAAAAAGAGUGCAUGUUGUUGGUAGGAGGGGCCCAGUGCAGGCCGCCUUUACCAUUAAAGAAGUUCGUGAGCUCAUGAAACUGCCUAGCGUGGCAUUUCACCCUGUCGAUCGAUCUUUGAUCCCGGCUGAUCUGAAAUCGCUGCCACGAGCAUCCAAGCGUUUGAUGGAGGUCAUCUUGAAAGGAUCAGAAGCUCUUGUGGAGAGUGCACCUAAGUCAUGGUCUCUUGACAACUGCCUGGCUCCUAAUCGUUUUUUGGGAGGCAUCCAAUCUCCAAAUGAUGUAGCAGGCACCGAGUUCAACGUCAUGAAAUUAACUGACGCCUUUAACCCUUUGUCUAAGACAAUGGCAACAGGCCAAACAUUGCAACUGCCUUCUGACGUUGUCUUUCGGUCGGUGGGAUACAAGUCUGUUGCCCUCCCUGAGUUUACUGCCAUGGGAAUUCAGUUCGAUGAGUCUCGAGGUGUAGUCAAUAACGACGGUCUCGGUCGGGCAACACAGGUGUUGGCUAUUGACCAGCAGACUUCCACUUGCCGACAAGUUCCUGGUGUGUAUUGUGCAGGGUGGGUCAAAAGGGGUCCCACGGGGGUUAUUGCUUCAACCAUGCAGGAUGCCUUUAUCACCGGAGAGGCGAUAAUACAGGAUUGGCUUUCCGGUGCAGAGUUUUUAAGACCAAAAGGGGAUACAGCUGCACAGGGCUGGAAUGGCGUACGGCAAGACAAGGAUUCACAUACAGAACGCUCAGUGUCGUGGGACCAAUGGUUGCAAAUAGACAGAGCCGAAAAACAGGGCGGCAAGGAGCUUGGAAAGGAACGAAAAAAGUUUACAAACACCCGAGAUAUGCUCGCUGUCAUUCAGUGA